AUGUCUGUCAAACCCCUCCGUAACCUCUCCUUCGACCACCCUUACACUCUCACGAAGCUAAUGUUUAGCCCUCCCUCCCGCCUCCCCACCGGCGACGAUCUCCUCGCUUCCUCCGGCGACUUCCUCCGUCCCUGGGAGAUCAACGAAGACUCACUCUCCGCGGAGCCCCUCUCGGUCCUCAGCAACAGCAAGACGAGCGAGUUCAGCGCGCCAUUGACCUCCUUCGACUGGAACGACGUCGAGCCGAAGCGCAUGCGUUUCACAUGUAAGGUCACCACUGGCCUGGCUGUUUCUGAAGCUGCUUUUGAGUUAGAGAGCACAGAGAUCUGCACUGGUAUGCCUAGCCUUUAA